AUGUUUGGCGAAGCAAGAGGAUUGACAGUCUGGUCCUUCAAAGUUUCCUGCCUCAGAUUUGCCCGGAAUAUGUCUCUGACCAACACAAAGACCGGCUUUUCUGUAAAGGACAUCUUGGACUUGCCUGACACCAAUGACGAAGACGGAUCCAUCGCGGAAGGGGGCGACGAAGAGGCGGAGGGGCCGGAACCCCCCAAAAAGCCCGGGGUUUUGGGGACAACCGCCUUGGACUCUGUUCAGACGCUACCUCUGAAGAAUCCCUUUUACGACAAUACCGAUAAUCCCUACACGCGUUGGCUCGCCACCACCGAGAGCAUCCAGUAUUCCUGUAAGUAGCCAAACUUACACUGGGGACUCCUCUCUUUGUGAGUCUCUCGCCCUCGCCAGGAGCCCGGAUGAGGCCGUGCGGCUUCUCCUCCGCUCCUCUCCCCUCGCCAAAUUCCUCCUUUUGCUGUUGUGUGUCGUGCGUGUUUUAACUUCUUCUUGGAAAUGACGGGAACAAAUGGGAGAUCUGGGUUCUUUAAUUACCUGAAUCGAGUCAAAAUAAUGGCUUUCAAUCCUUGUUUGAGAAAGAAUAAAACUCCAGUCUGAAAAGAUUUUAAAAUGUGCCUUCCAAAAUUCUCCCAGCCACCCAACCGUGUUUCUUCACACACACACACACACACACACACACACACACACAACCGCUUCCCCUGAAUCCUUCUUUCUACUUCUCUAACCAACAGAGUAUGCUUUGUGGGGAAAUUUUGGAUGGCUUUGCUUUAGACGUUUGUAAACCGUCCCAUUGGCUGUGCUGGAUCAAAGAAUGGCUUGUUGAAUUAUCCUUUAAAAAUCAAUCCACGUAGCCCAGAAAGAAGAAGUCCGUUUUGUUUGUUUGUUAAAGGAAGAGACCAAAGUCCAAACGUUGUAAAAAGCGGGGGCGGGGGGCUCCAGCGGGAUAUUCUCCUGCGCAAGACUGCAUUAAAAUGAUUGGGAGCUACCCAAGACCGCUGUGGAUUGCGCCAAGAUUUUUAUGGUGACCAUGGUCUGUCUAUUUCUACAAAUCCUUAUCUCUUACUAUUUCUGUACUGUGUUUCCUAACAGAUUUAUUAACAUGGCAUAUAUAGUCACCUUGUUUUGCCUCUAUGCUUUCUAUUUGUGUUUGUAAUUUUCCGAGAGGGAAAGAAGAUUUAAACGCACAGUCGCCUAUACCUCACAGGGGAAGGAGAAUGUGUGGCUGUGACAAACACGCAUCAGACAGAGAUGUUUCCAACAACACACACUUGAUCCAAAGGGCUGUUAGGGACUUAGUUGUCACAUAUAUGCAGAACUCAACUGGGGUUUCCCCGUUGCAAUUUGUUGUACGUUUAGUCUUGGUGAACCUCCCUUUGGAGACCCAGAGGCUCAUUUCUUAUUGAGGAUGAGGGUGGGCGUCCCAAAACGAGGGGGUUGCAGAGGACCCCCGUCACUUUCCUUUCUCCGGGUUGGGAAGUUGAGAAGGAGCAGAGCCCGGCGGGUCACCAAGAGGGUGAAGGGGGGGAUCCUGCGAUCCUGCUCGAUCCUGCUCCCCUGCCUGCCUGGCCGGCCGGCUUUCUUCUGAUCUGCUUCUUUUGUGGCUUCCCCUCAGUGCACGGCUUGGCAUCCAGCAACUCCCAACAGGACUCGGCGUCCAAAUCUCCGGAGCCCUCGGCGGACGAGUCUCCGGACAACGACAAGGAAACUUCGAGCAACGGCGACUCCGGCAAGAAACGGAAACGGCGGGUGCUUUUCUCCAAGGCGCAGACUUACGAGCUGGAGAGGCGCUUCAGGCAGCAGCGGUACCUGUCGGCGCCCGAGAGGGAGCACCUGGCCAGCCUGAUCCGCCUCACCCCGACGCAGGUGAAGAUCUGGUUCCAGAACCACCGCUACAAGAUGAAGCGGGCCCGGGCCGAGAAAGGUAUGGAAGUGACUCCUCUCCCCUCCCCGCGCCGGGUAGCCGUGCCCGUCUUAGUCAGGGACGGCAAGCCGUGCCACACGCUCAAGGCACAGGACUUGGCUGCCGCCACCUUCCAGGCGGGGAUCCCCUUCUCAGCCUACAGCGCCCAGUCUCUCCAGCACAUGCAAUACAAUGCCCAGUACAGCUCGGCCAGCAACCCCCAGUACCCCUCAGCGCACCACUUGGUACAAGCCCAGCAAUGGACUUGGUGA